AUGCUGAAGCAGAGCUUGGAGGAUGAGGGCGCCUAUAACGUCAAGGAGAAAAAGGAGGAGGAGGCCUUCCUGGCCGACACCGGGGAGACCAAGGCCACUGCCACCGGCGAGCUCGCCAAGACCGUCGCACUUCUCGAGGAGACGACCGCCGCGCUCGAGAGCACCCAGGCCGAGUGCAUGAAAACCGCCUCGGACCACGACGCCUCCAAGACGGGCCGCGCCGAGGAGCUCAAGGUCCUUGCCGAGGCCAAGAAGAUCCUCUUGGAUACAACGUCGGGCGCCGUGUCGCAGACGUACAAUUUCCUGCAGGCGCUACUGCUUGAGAAGAAUGGCGCGGAAGGGGGGAGUGGUGCCCGUCCGAGGCGCUCGCCUGGCGAGCACAAGGCCGCCCGCGACUACAGGGCCGUGGUCGAGCUGUCCGAGGAGCUCAGUCGCGCCAAGCCGGAGCUGGACGCCACUGUGGAGGCGCUGGACGGGCCUCUGGGCGGCGCGAGGGUGGAGGGGCGCGUGCGCGCCAGCCUCCCAGCGCUGACGGCAUUUUGCCCGCGGGGCGCCCUCCUGGGCGGCGGGCGAGGCUGCGCAGGCACGGGGCUCUUCGCUGCGUUGCGCCAGGGACCGGCACCCCCGUAG